AUGGAAUUCACCCACUGGACCGAUACUGGCCGCAGCAGUGCGUCCGCCAGGAACGACGCGUCGUUCUUUGGGUGGCAGUUGUUCCACGAUCGCCAGCGCAAUUUGGUGUACUACUUGCACACGUACACGGGCGAAGUGCGCUGGCCACGACCAGAGACUGUGGGCUUUGUCAUGCACGGGCUCAAACCUCUGCCUGCAACGGCUUUAGAAGACAAUGACGACGCGCGAGCACAAACUAUGGAGUGCAGUAGUAGCAGCUUUGUGAAUCCAGAUAUCUGGAGUCCGUACUACCCGCACGUCGUCAUGCUGCCUUCUGGGCUGGUUCAAGUGCACCCGAGUCCAGACUCUGCUGCUUCGGAAAUGUGGUGCGGGUACAAUCGCUUUCCACUGGCAGCAGCUACUGCCAAAGCCAGUCGUGCUUUUCCAGCCCUUGAUGAAGAGAAGGGAUUUCGUGAGCCAGUGAGGAUGACGUGCGAGCCGAGAUUGCUGCCACCUACGUGGGAAGAAGCAAGCACUGGCCUGCCAUUCUUGCCUCCGUAUCCAGUGGCAAUUCUCGAGCGUGAAGGUAAAGAGGAUCGACCUCACGUUGCAACAGGAAGUUGCCAGCUCGAGAAAUGUCAUACGCCCGAGCUCGACAUUUCUCGCGGUCCACCUCUGCUUUAUAAAAGUGAGGAAGACCGACGAGGGACACACUGUACGGAGCGAUCAACGAAUACCAAACCCAAGACAAGCAUCCCCAUGCCAAAACAGCUAGCUUUUCCGAAAGAAGGCCCGGCACCAAGCAUCGAGAAGAAGGAGCACAAUCGAAAAGGCUAUCUGCUUCGUCAGGCGAGAAAAAUGGUCCGUGGUAGCGGCGUCAAUGGUGGUGCAGCAGGUUCAGCUACAUCGAGCAAACCGUGUAAGGACCAAGAUUCGGUACCAGCUUCAAGGACGAAACCGAACCUUGCUGCCCGCGGACUAGAAGAAGAAGAAGAAGAAGAAGAAGAAGUCCAAGACGACGGCGGUACCAUCAAAGGAGUGAACGUACAACGAUCGCUGCACCACUGA